AUGGAGGAGAUCACCCACCACUUUGGAGUUGGCGCAAGUAGCCACAGCCACGGCCACGGCCAGCACCACCAUCACCACCACCCGUGGGCAUCCUCCCUCAGCGCCGUCGUUGCGCCGCCGCAGCAGCAACCGCCGAGCGCAGGCCUGCCGCUCACCCUGAACACGGUGGCGGCCACUGGGAACAGCAGCGCUAGCGGCAACCCGGUGCUGCAGCUUGCCAACGGCGGCGGCCUCCUCGACGCGUGCGUCAAGGCGAAGGAGCCCUCGUCGUCGUCUCCCUACGCAGGCGACCUCGAGGCCAUCAAGGCCAAGAUCAUCUCGCACCCACACUACUACUCGCUCCUCGCCGCCUACCUCGAGUGCAAGAAGGCAAGCAAGACCUUGUACUAG